AUGAGGUUGCCUCUCGCGCCGGGAUGCACCCUGUUCGCUCUGCGCCUGCCGGGAGGCACGCCCGCAGCCUCCUCCUCCCCGCUCGACCACUUCGCUCUGCGCCCGCCGCCGGCCCAGCCCGUCGUCGUCGCGCCGGCGGUCCAGCCCGUCGUCGUCGCGCCGCCGGUCCAGCCCGUCGUCGUCCCGCCGCUCCUUCGCCUUCUCCUUCGGUCGCUCCAUCGUGAAAAAGGGAAGACACGACAAGCUAGGCCUCGAUCAGCAGGCACGGCGGGAAACAAAAAUAAACAAACCGCGCGUGAGGCCUCUUCCCCAGCCGGAAACGAAACAGGUUCCACCACCGUGGAGGACCUGCCCGCCGACGUGCUAGCCUGCGCGCUGCGCCGCCUCGACGGCCCGUCCCUGGCGGCCGCGAGCUGCGCCACGGCCGGCCUCCGCGCCCUCGCCUCGGACCCGGAUACAUGGCGCGCGCUCUGCCUCGCGCAGUGGCCUUCGCUUGACACCCACCAGCACAGCAUCCUCGGCUCUGCAGCCAUCUCUCCGCAGCGCCUCUUCGCGGACGCCUUCCCGUUCCCGUCGGACGACGCCGCUCCCGCUGCCUCAUCCGAUUCCGACCAGCACCUCCCCGGCGAGCUGAUCUCCGCGGUGGACGUCUACCACAAGGGAGCGCCCAUCUUCUCCCGGGCCGUGGAGACCUCCACGUCGUCCUCGUGGUUCCUCACCUCGCCCUUCCGCGUCGACGCCGUGGACUGCAAGAACCCGGUGCCGGCGGCGUCGAUCUCCCCUGCAGAGCUGGAGCUGAGCUGGAUCGUGGUCGACCCGCGCAGCGGCCGGGCGGUGAACGUGUCGAGCCGGCGGGCGGUGGCCGUGGACAGGCACUGGUACACGGGCGAGACGCUGGUGCGGUUCGCGGUGGUGCUCGGCGGGUGCAAGUUCGAGGCCACCGUCACCUGCUCGGAGGAGGCCGGGUGCCUCAGGGAGGUCAGCCUCACCGUCGAGGACGCCGACGGCGCGGCGGCGAGCGGCGAAUGCAGUCUAAGGCUUCUUGCGGCGGCGAUGGCCGGGCCGAGGAAGGGAGGGGAGAAGGAAGGAGAGGAGGCCAAGAGGAGGUACGACGAGUUCGUGAGCAGCAAGAGGGGCAGGAAGGAAUCCAAGGCCAGAAGGGAGGUGCUCGUCGACUUGUGCUGCUCCGCCGUCAGCGCCGUCGCCGUGCUCAGCUUCCUCGCCUCCGUCGUGUUACGUUAG